CCCCCGCACGGCACGGCACGGCACGGCACGGGGCCUCGGAGCACCCGUGGGCAUCCAGCCCCGCCCCAGCCUGCGCCUCCGUGGGCACUGCCGCCCCCUGCACCCCCGGGGCCGCAGAUCCGUGUCAGCCCUCUUAGGCCGCCCCAGCGGUGCGUGUCGGCGCCCACCGGGCGGGACGGGGAGGUGGGCAAAGCGCAGCAGGCAGCAGCGGCCGGCGAGGAGGCAGGAGGGCAGCCCACCAUCUUCAGCAAGAUCAUCAACCGCACCAUCCCUGCCACCAUUCUCUAUGAAGAUGACAAGUGCCUCGUCUUCCGUGAUGUGGCCCCUCAAGCCCCUGUGCACUUCCUGGUGAUCCCCAAGCGCCCCAUCCCCCGGAUCAGCUGCGUGGGUCCACAAGACACUGAGCUGCUGGGGCACUUGAUGGUGGUGGCAGCACGCACGGCGCAGGCAGAGGGGCUAGCUGAUGGCUACCGCCUUGUGAUCAAUGAUGGAAAGCACGGCGCACAGUCUGUCUACCACCUGCACCUUCAUGUACUGGGGGGGCGGCAGAUGGGCUGGCCCCCUGGCUAAUGCCCACUAUCCACUUACUCCCCAAUAAAGCAUUUCCUUGGUGGUGA